GCUCUGCCGCCAGUCACCCUCGCGGCCCCGGGAGGAGGGCGCUGGGUCGGUGGAGGCUGGAGCCGCAGCCGGAGCCGGAGCCCGAGCCAGAAGCGGGAACGGCGGGCCGGAGCCCCGGGUGCCGGAAUGCAGGCUGCUCGUGGUCCCUGGCACCCCCAAGACCCCACCUGUAAGGGCUGCUGCUCUGCGACCAGGCCUCGCUCCUAGGAGGAUGCCCCAGCCACCCACCAGCUCCUGUCUGCACCAUGAGUGAUGAGCGACGACUGCCUGGCAGUGCAGUGGGCUGGUUGGCAUGUGGGGGUCUGUCCCUGCUGGCCAAUGCCUGGGGUAUCCUCAGUGUGGGUGCCAAGCAGAAGAAGUGGAAGCCCCUGGAAUUCCUGCUGUGCACGCUUGCGGCCACCCACAUGCUCAACGUGGCUGUACCCAUUGCCACCUACGCUGUGGUGCAACUGCGGCGGCAGCGCCCUGACUAUGAGUGGAACGAGGGCCUCUGCAAGGUCUUCGUGUCCACCUUCUACACCCUCACCCUGGCCACCUGCUUCUCUGUGACCUCCCUCUCUUACCACCGCAUGUGGAUGGUCCGCUGGCCUGUCAACUACAGGUUGAGCAACGCCAAGAAGCAGGCUGUGCACACAGUCAUGGGCAUCUGGAUGGUGUCCUUCAUCCUGUCGGCCCUGCCUGCUGUCGGCUGGCAUGACACGAGCGAACGUUUCUACACCCAUGGCUGCCGCUUCAUUGUGGCCGAGAUAGGCCUGGGCUUCGGGGUCUGCUUCUUGCUGCUGGUGGGUGGCAGCGUGACCAUGGGUGUGGUCUGUACAGCCAUCGCCCUCUUCCAGACGCUGGCCGCGCAGGUGGGGCGCAGGGCCGACCACCACGCCUUCACCGUGCCCACCAUCGUGGUGGAGGAUGCACAAGGGAAGCGUCGCUCCUCCAUCGAUGGCUCAGAGCCUGCCAAAACCUCGCUGCAGAUCACUGGCCUGGUGGCCACCAUUGUGGUCAUCUAUGACUGCCUCAUGGGCUUCCCUGUGCUGGUAGUAAGCUUCAGCAGCCUGCGGGCAGAUGCCUCAGCGCCGUGGAUGGUGCUCUGUGUGCUGUGGUGCUCUGUGACCCAAGCGCUGCUGCUGCCCGUGUUCCUCUGGACUUGUGACCGCUACCGCGCGGACCUCAAAGCUGUCUGGGAGAAAUGUGUGGCUCUUAUGGCCAAUGAUGAAGACUCCGAUGAUGAGACCAGCCUGGAUGGUGGCAUCUCCCCUGAUUUGGUGUUGGAUCGCUCCCUGGAGUACAGCUAUGGAGGUGACUUUGUGGCCCUGGACAGGAUGGCCAAGUAUGAGCUCUCUGGUCUGGAGGGGGGUCUGCCCCAGCCCUACCCACUUCGGCCACUGCAGGAGGACAGGAUGCAGUAUCUUCAGGUCCCGCCCACGCGGCGAUUCUCCCACGACGACGCCGACGCCGACGUGUGGGCUGCCGUCCCGCUGCCCGCCUUCCUGCCUCGCUGGGGCUCCGGGGAGGAUCUGGCGGCCCUGGCACACCUGAUGCUGCCGGCCGCCACCGACCGGCGCCGCCGUGGCAGCCUGUUGGCCUUGGCCGAGGACGCGCCCCCGUUCCGCCCCCGCCGCCGCUCGGCCGAGAGCCUGCUGUCCUCACGACCCUCCCCGGCUCUGGACGGCGGCCCGCGCCGCGCGCACGACUCGCCCCCGGGCAGCCCGCGCCGCCGCCCCGGGUUCCGCUCCGCCUCCGCCUCGCUGCUGCCGGACGCCUUCGCCCUGACGGCCUUCGAGCGCGAGCCGCAGGCCCUGCGCCGCCCGCCAGCGCCGGCGCGGCCCUUCCCCGGCGGCCCCGACCGCGGCGCCGUGCCGGGAGAGGCCCCGACGCCCCCUGGCGGCCGCGCGCAGCCGAGUCCCGGGCGCCGGGCCGCGCGUGCGCACGCGGGCCCCCUGCACGCGGGCCUGAGCGCGUCGUGGGGCGAGCCGGGCGGAUUGCACGUGGCGGGCGGCGGCGGCGGCGGCGGCGGCAGCACCAGCAGCUUCCUGAGCUCGCCGUCCGAGUCGUCGGGCUACGUCACGCUGCACUCGGACUCGCUUGGCUCCGCUUCCUAGGGGGCCUACCCGCCGCGCCUCCUCAAGGACGCCGGGCAGACUGGGGGCCGCCCCUGCGGGGACCACCGCACCAAAGAUGCCACCUGUGCUAUGCGCGCAGACAAGCGUCACCCAUCCCAGGAAUGAGGGAGCGGCGGCCUCAGUUUUCGGCUUCCUUCCUUCUGGUGUUGCCUGGAGGAAUAACGGCUACAUUGGAUGACUGUGCAGGGCAUGGACCUGCAGCUGCUGGCCAUGGCAUCCCCCAAACAGAGAGACACUGUCUUUGGGCAAUAAGUUUGCACAACGGUUACACCUCCUCCAGGCCUCUGGCUGGGCCGGGGUGCAAGGAACCAUGGGACAAGGCCACCGUUAGUCAAAACCAAGUCGCAGCCCGGAGAAGCUGGAGCCAGAAGCCACCACUGCAUGCAGCUUUCUACCCUGCAGUGCACCUGCCAUGCUCCAGGGCUGUGAUGCGCUGAGGGUCUCUUUAAGCACCGGGGUCUUCAGAGCCCACACAAACUCUCUGAGCAGGUCUCCCUGUGACCUGCUUCGGUUGCCCUAUCUGUGAUGAUCAUGUUAUCUCUCAGGGCUGUUUGAAGAAAUCUUCUGGUCCAUGUAUUCUGGCCACAGACAUGAGAGUUAGUCUAGGGAAGUUUGUGGGGGUCAGCCUUCAGCAUGUGACUCCCCCGUUUAAGGCCUCCCAGUCUCUCCCUUGCCACUUUGAGGACUCACUCCGCCUCAGCUAAGCACAACACUUAAAGCAUCACCAUGGCACCAUAGCUACCUUGGCCCCCAUUUGUGUCCACGUGGCCACUACUCCACCAUCAUUACCUGUCUCACACCGCAUUGGCCGUCCUUGUGACUCUACCAUGAAGGUUAUGGGUAUCUGGUACAGGGAGCUAAAGCAAAGAGGAAGUGCACCCUAUACCGGUGCCCAUCUGCAGCCUUGCCCCGCACCCAUGCUGGCAGCGUACCUGGCAAGGGUGCAGUUCUGUGCUCCACUGCCACCACAGAAAAGGGCUUAUCUUUGCUCUCCCUCCUGGGCAGACCCCAUCAGGUCUGGACUCUGCCAUUGGCGCAGGUCUUCGCAAGAGAGACCCAGAACUAGCUGUGAUUACAAGCGAGGGGAGCAGCUUUGCCGCCCUUAUUGUGAAGACCUGGAGCUGGAUUCAAGGCCAAGACAGAGGCAGCCUGUGUCCUGUACCCUCUGCUCCUGUAGUGGCCAGACUCAUCUCCUCUCCCCACACGUAGGUUACUGGGGUGGGGGCUGGCAUCUGCCCACCUUGGCUCCAGAGGCCCUUAGCUUCAGGAGCAAGGGCAGAGGACUACAGUCCAACCACAAAGGGGCCGGCCUCUGGCCAAUGCUGUGCCUUCAGGGUCUGACAUGUCUUGCAGGGGCAGAGGUCACCAGCUAGCCACUGUCCUUCUUCCUUCACCCUCCCCCCAGGUGGCCAAUUUAUCUCCUCUGGUUUUCACUCUCUGAAUUUUGUAUCCAAUGGCAAUACUGACAAUGGGGACACGAUCUCCCCAAAUCACUCCUAACUUUUACAGAACUUAAGGGGCGUACCCCAAGUAGAGGACCGUGGGGCCUGGGGUUCUCUCCCACACUUUGUUCAGUCUCCAGGCCUGUUUGCUGCCAUGCAUAAGAAGCUUGACUCUGGACUUGCUGGGGAGGGAGCUCUGUCUAUAUACUACCAUCCAGUCCAGAGCCAGGGACCUAUUUGUAGUUUUUUUUUGAAAAUAUUUCUCUUCUGUACAGGACCCAAUAAAAAUUUCCAUACGAUUUGCACAUGA